UUGUUAAAGCCGCUGAUAACCUCAUGAAUUCCCACUUUGUUUCUCUGGAGCCUGAAAGGAAUAGUGAGCAGUGAGCCCUGCUUGAUCCAGGAUCUCUUGUUGAGCUGGUUCGUCUGAAGUGAGCGCUGUUGCCAUGACAACAGACGAGGCUGAGAGUCACCAGAAGAAGCCGAGGCAGCAGGAGGAAGCCGGCCAGGACGCAGGGCCGCCCUCUCCAGAGGAGGAGCAGCUCCGGCCUCGCAACCGCAACUCUGCAAGCCGUGGCCUCUCCCGCCUCUUCUCCUCCUUCCUGAAGAGGCGCUCGCAGUGUGAGAGCGAGGCGGGAGAGAAGGAAGACAAGGACGAAGAGGAAGCUAAAGCCCCCAUUGCUGACCCUGAACCUGAGCUGAGGACAGAGGGAGAGGUGGCCCUGGACCAGCACUCAGUGAGCAGUGCUGAGGCUCAGGCUGUCCAGAUAGAGAAGAAAGAAGCAGAGGAGGAGGGUGGAAAGGAUAAAGAGAACGACAAGGAGAAAGGAGAGGAGGCUGCCCUGGAGACGGAGGACAAGGACGAGGAGAGGGAGAAGGAGGAGGAGAAGAAGUCUGGUCCUGAAGGAGGCGAUAAGAGAGAGGAGGAGGAGCAGAAGACGACAGAGGAGGAGGCCAAAGCUCCCAAAGCUCCACGCCGACCCAGGACCAUGGAGAUUAAAGUCACUCUGCUGGAUGACACUCUGUAUGAGUGUGAGCUGGACAAACAUGCAAAAGGCCAGGAGCUGUUCAUGAAGGUGUGUGACCACCUGAACCUGCUGGAGAAAGACUACUAUGGUCUGAUCAUCUGGGAGACGCCUAACAUGAAGACCUGGAUGGACCUGACCAAGGAAAUCCGUAGGCAGGUCCAAGGUGCCAACUAUAAUUUCACCUUCAAUGUGAAAUUUUAUCCACCUGACCCAGCGCAGCUGUCUGAAGACAUAACAAGGUACUACCUGUGUCUCCAGCUGCGGAAGGACAUUCUUCAGGGCCGCCUUCCCUGCUCCUUUGUCACACUGUCCCUGCUGGGCUCCUAUGCCUUGCAGUCCGAGCUGGGGGAGUACGACCCAGAGGUGCAUGGUGAAGAUUACGCCAAGGAUAUGAAAAUGGCACAGGGUCAGACCAAGGAGCUGGAGGACAAAAUGAUAGAGCUGCACCGCACGUACAGAUCAAUGAGUCCAGCCCAGGCAGACCUGAUGUUCCUGGAAAACGCCAAGAAACUCUCCAUGUAUGGAGUGGACCUCCACCAGGCCAAGGAUCUGGACGGUGUGGACAUCAUGCUGGGGGUUUGCUCCAGCGGUCUGAUGGUUUACAAAGACAAACUUAGGAUCAACCGUUUCCCCUGGCCCAAAGUCCUCAAGGUGUCAUACAAACGCAGCAGCUUCUUUAUCAAGAUAAGACCAUCUGAGGUGGAACAGUAUGAGAGUGCUAUCGGCUUCAAACUACCCAACUACAAGGCAGCCAAGAAGCUGUGGAAAGUGUGUGUAGAACAUCACACCUUCUUCAGGCUGACCUCUACUGAGAUGGCCACCACUCCCAGGAAGUUCCUGGCGUUGGGCUCUAAGUUUCGCUACAGUGGUCGGACUCAGGCUCAGACCAGACAGGCCAGCUCUCUGAUCGACAGACCAGCUCCUUUGUUCCAGCGCUCGUCCAGCAAGAGAAACUCACGCAGCCUAGAUGGAGCCAUGGCAUCUACUCCCGACAACAAAUCCACUCGCCCGGUCAGCGCCCCCGUUAUGUCACCGGUGUCUCCUGGGGAGGCAACCCCGUCCCCGCUACUACCCUCCUUGGCUCGCUUUAACCACCAUGACAGAUCCGCUCUCAAAGGCCACCGCUCGUCAGACAAGAAGGCAGAGGUAAAGGCAGAGAGUCAGCCGGGUGAACACACCAAGAGCCACAGCCCCAGACCAGAGUCGACUCCACAAAUCAAGACAGUGGCCAGGAGAGAGCGGAGGCAUUCCCCCUCUGUAACCACCGCCAAUGGGGAAAGAGAGAAAAAAAGCCAGCACUCUCCUCAGGACAAAACAAAGACGGAGAUGGUGCGAGUGAGGAAGAAAAGAGCAAAGGAACUUGAGGGUGAAACUAUUUAUAUCAGACAUAGCAAUUUAAUGUUGGAGGACCUGGACAAGACCCAGACUGAGAUCAUGCGCCACCACACGAGUAUCAGUGAGCUGAAAAGGAGUUUUAUGGAGUCUGUACCGGAGCCUCGGCCCAGCGAGUGGGACAAGCGCCUGUCCACCAACUCGCCUUUCCGCACAGCGAGCAUCAAUGGCCAGCUGCAGCCAGCGUCUCCUGUGCUAAAGACCCAGACAAUCACCAUCUCAGACAUCACCAACUCCCUGAGAGGAAGUGUGACCUACAAGGACAUCCCCUUGGUUCACACUGAGACCAAGACCAUCACAUAUGAGUCAGCACAGCCUGUGGACAGCCUGGCAGAGAGGGACUCAGGAGUGCUGCUGAGCGCCCAGACCAUCACCUCAGAGACCAUCAGCACCACCACCACCACCCAGAUCACCAAGACGGUGAAAGGAGGGAUCUCUGAGACUCGUAUAGAGAAGAGAAUCGUCAUCACUGGAGACACUGAAAUUGAUCAUGACAAGGCUUUGGCUCAGGCUAUUAAAGAGGCAAAGGAGCAGCACCCAGACAUGUCUGUUACCAAAGUGGUUGUGCACCAGGAGACAGAGAUCAGCCCAGAGUAACACACACUGAUCCUUUGGAAGACCUUUCAGCAGCCCCCACUCCCCCUUUCCCACCUGUGUCUCAUUACACCAUUUUUCCGCAGCCCCCCCAGCCAUCACAAACAACUGACAUGAACCAUGCGACCACAUCAGAGGGAAUGAGCUUCAGUGAACCUGAACCUUCAUGUGUUUGGCCUGAAGGAGACGGAGUCGUCAGAAUAUUCCUAAGAACCCUUCCAGUAUUCCCCACAAUCCCCUCUUGUUCCACUAAAGAUUAACCACUGGACUGAUGAAAAAAAAAAAAAACUUUUUUAAAGAGAAAAAGAAAAUAAAGUACAGCAUUUACGGAUUUAUUGAUCUCCAAUUUAUCUGGAGAGUUUCAGAAAAUUUUUAAGGGCAUUUGGUCUUUUAAUCUGGAGAUUACUGGUACUUUAUUUUUCUACAGCUUUUCUUACCAUCAGAAUUGGUUAUCAAUAACUUGGAGGUCAAGUGUUUUUAACAGUGUGUUCCAAACAGCAUUAACAAAGGGGUUGUGGGUAAUUUUUCUUGGGACUGAACACAUCGGGAUUCAAUGGUCCCUCUCAGAUUUUGGUGCAAGUUUGGUGUCAUUUCUUGUACAGUAAAUAUUUUAUUUUCCCUCUCAAUGUGAAAAAGUAUUUUUUCAAUUCAUGUAUAAAUAAGAUUGAUUUUAUCAAACCAUGGGGGCAAUUACUCCUCUCACCUUAUUUAAAGUUGUGGCUUCAUCAUUUGUUGGGUGAUCUUUUCAUCUUUUGAUUGUUUUAGUUUUUCUUGUUGUUGUUCUUGUUGUUGUAGUGCUUGUGUCACUAGAACAGGGCUUUAUCAGGACCAAGGUGACAGCAGUGUACUGAAAUGACCUUUUCUUUAUUUAUUCUCACCUCUGUCUUCUUUUUCUGUGUUCAUGUUUUAGAUCUCCUCAGUGCUUCAUGAUUUUGUAUGAGAGCAUUCCACUGUAUAGUUUUAGUCAUUUCUACUGAGCAUGACUUCAGCAUCAACACAGUUUCUGCAUAUUAUUCACUUUUCAAUGUUUCUACCAAAUGGGCAGUGUGUACCCAUCCAGAGAAAGGGAUUUCAAAUGAAAGUGUACUCAAACAUGACAGAGGUUAAUUUGAGGUAAAGCGUACCAUCUGGUUGAUUGCAACUGAAGCAAUGGAGAAGUGAAGACAAGCACAGGAUGAUAAUUGUCUCAUGAAACUAUCAUCAUGCUCUGUCUGAACUUUGACCUUCAUGCUUAUAACCCGAUCAAGAAAAUAUUGCAGUUAUUGCAACUGUCACAUCAACACACUAACAAGGUCAUCUGGUUAAUGUAGUUAAUUACAUUAAUUAAUUACAGCAGUGUUUACCAUGCAGCAAGUGAGUCACCUGGAUCAUGUCUGCACACAUCUUAAAGAAUAAAUCAAGUUUAACUUGGGUCUUAUUUUCAUGCUU